CCAUGUACACACUGCAUUAUGCGUGAUACGGUAAAUUCCACGUUUUUCAAUUUCCAGCGAGAAUCCUUGCACAUUGCCACGCGCGAAGAUAAUCGAGUGAGACUAAAAGAAGUUGCGAACACGAGCUGUUCGCCUGGCCCCAUGAGUCUCCGGCUCGAGCGUUCGCCUUCGCGUGUGCGCGCGAGCGGGCGAGAAGAUGAAAACAAAAUUAAUCAGAUUCAAACUGCGGCAUUGAUAGACUGGGAGACGAAUACGAAGCUUGAUUCAGUUCCAUCCGCUUAUCAUCAUCUCCCUUUCUUUGAUUUGUGUCUGUGUCUGAUGGGUAGCGAGAUCCAGCUCACAUCCUUCCCCCCCCCCCCCCCCCCCCCCCUUCCCUUCCUCCCGAUCCUUUCUUUGCUUUUUCUUCUUCUUCUUCUUCUUCCUCUUUCUUUCUUUUUUCGAACCUGGAAGUCGGAAAAUGGGCUUCUCACUCGCGCAUAUCCCCACGUGCUUCUCCUCCUAAACCUCGGAAUCAGAGCUAGGGGGGGAGGAGGUGGGUGGUGCAAAAUUAGACUAGUUAUUUUCUCGACAGGGCUUCGCGAGUACGAGGGAGAGGGAAUGGAAUCCUCAGUCUUGGUAUUGUCUAUCGGCGAACAUGAAAAUAACGGAACAUGGGGUAACACAUUGGGGAUAUGAG